AGCAAACCCCGCCCCUUCUCCAAGUAGCCAAGAGAAACAACGGCCGUACAUUUACAGAGCUGUCCUCAGCCAAACAUAUGGCGAAAAUAGACCUUGUUCUUUCUUUUUAAUGUGGUGUGUACUACAUUUUAAAAAUUCCGCCGAAAAAGAGAAGACGAUUUUCCGAAACAUUUUCGCCGUUAUCUCACGGCUCCCUCUUCUCUUUACAGGGGUAUAACUGCUACCCAGAAGGCCUAGGGGCGUCCCUUUACCGGGAGCGCUUUGACUUCAACGCUGAGCCGCCUUGGGAUCCUAGCUGAUAGCGGGACACGGCCUUCUACAGACUUGUCCAGGACCCACGGCUCAGUCGCGACUUUGACUCCUUGACUACUACUUCUUUAUGAUUGUCUGCUGAAUACGGUUGAGAUGAAAGGACUCGCUGACGAACCAAACCACAUGAUUGAACUCCUGGAGGGAGGAACCACCCUGGAAGAUGUCAUUGACGGGCAUGUUUACGAACAAGCUCUGGCUGAAAAGAGUGUGUUUGUAGUGUCUGACCUUGGGUCCCUGAUGAGACAGCAUGUCCAGUGGCAGCUCACCAUGCCCCAGAUCAGGCCCUACUACCAGGUCCAAUCCAACAGCAGCCCGGUCGUCAUCGAGGUCCUGGCCUCUCUCGGCCUCGGCUUCGUCUGUGCUGACAAGGCUGAAGUCAGUCUGGUGUUGGACCACGGCGUGCCCCCUGACAACAUCAUCUUCUCUGGAGUUUGCAAACAGCUGUCCCACAUCAAACACGCAGCCAAGAAUGGCGUCGACCUCUUGGUGUGCGACAGCGAGACGGAACUCUACAAGAUAGCCCGUUCUCACCCCAAGGCCAGGCUGCUGGUUCAGGUAACUACGUGGGCCCAGGCUGCAGAGACCAGCAUGGAGUUUGGCUGCUCUCUGAAGAGCUGUAGACACCUGCUGGAGGCUGCCAAGGACCUGGGGGUGCAGGUGGUGGGAGUUACGUUUCACAUUCCCAGCUCCUGCAAGGACCUGCAGGCCUACACCCACGCGCUGUCAGAUGCCCGCUGUGUGUUUGACAUGGGUGCGGAGUUGGGGUUCAACAUGAGCAUCCUGGAUAUUGGUGGUGGAUUCUCUGGCUCAGAGUUUCAGCUCAAACAGGUUCAUACCACCGUCAGACUGCUGCUGGAUGCCUACUUCCCCACUCUGUCUGGAGUGCAGGUCAUCGCUCAGCCUGGUAGCUACUACGUCUCCUCUGCCUUCACUCUGGCUGUCAAUGUCAUCGGCAAGAAGGUUGUGGCCCGGGACUGGAACGGCCUUGCUCGGGAUGAGCUGACCCCAGAUGACGAGCCAGAGUUCCUGUACUACCUGAACGAUGGCGUCUUCGGGUCUUUCUCCAGCAAGCUGCUUGGAAGCCCCAUCCCUGCCCCGGCUGUGCACAAGAGGGGGCCGAGGGCUGAGGAGCCAAUGUUCUCCAGCAGCCUGUGGGGUCCAUCAUGUGACAGCCUAGACCAGCUGGUAGACCACUGCCUGCUGCCUGAGCUCAGCCCUGGAGACUGGCUGGUCUUUAACAACAUGGGGGCUGCUGGUCUGGGGGACAUCUCCUCCUUCAGUGACCGCUCAGCCAUCAGACCACCUGUCUACUACACUGUCUCCACUGCUGACUGGUACAACAUACAGGAGGCUGGAAUAGCUGUGGACAGCGCCAUGAAGAACUUCUCCAUGGUCCAGUACGGUGCAUAGCUCCGCUCUGUCCCUCCCUCUCCGGUGUGACAUCCGAGAGAGAUCUCCUUACCCUGGGCUUUUAGUGGUCAACAUUCCAACGGCCGUGGAAAAUGCAGUGUUAAACUUUCCAGGAAGGUUGAAAUAGACUUGUGAUUUCCUGGGAACAGAAAACGAUUUAUUGGUGACCCAUACCUCCCAAUUCUCAAUUUGUUUUUGGAAAAAAGAAAAAGAUCAACACGUUUAUCCCUCUUCCUACUCGCCCCUCAGAUAGAAAACACGUUUAUACCUCUUCCUACUCGCCCCUCCUCCUCAGAUAGAAAACAGCACGUUUAUCCCUCUUCCUACUCGCCCCUCCUCCUCAGAUAGAAAACAGCACGUUUAUCCCUCUUCCUGCUCGCCCCUCAGAUAGAAAACACGUUUAUACCUCUUCCUACUCGCCCCUCCUCCUCAGAUAGAAAACAGCACGUUUAUCCCUCUUCCUACUCGCCCCUCCUCCUCAGAUAGAAAACAGCACGUUUAUCCCUCUUCCUACUCGCCCCUCCUCCUCCUCAGAUAGAAAACACGUUUAUCCCUCUUCCUACUCGCCCCUCCUCCUCAGAUAUAAAACACGUUUAUACCUCUUCCUACUCGCCCCUCCUCCUCCUCAGAUAGAAAACACGUUUAUCCCUCUUCCUACUCGCCCCUCCUCCUCCUCAGAUAGAAAACACGUUUAUCCCUCUUCCUACUCGCCCCUCCUCCUCAGAUAGAAAACACGUUUAUCCCUCUUCCUACUCGCCCCUCCUCCUCAGAUAGAAAACACGUUUAUCCCUCUUCCUACUCGCCCCUCCUCCUCAGAUAGAAAACACGUUUAUCCCUCUUCCUACUCGCCCCUCCUCCUCCUCAGAUAGAAAACACGUGUAUCCCUCUUCCUACUCGCCCCUCAGAUAGAAAACACGUUUAUCCCUCUUCCUACUCGCCCCUCAGAUAGAAAACACGUUUAUCCCUCUUCCUACUCGCCCCUCAGAUAGAAAACACGUUUAUCCCUCUUCCUACUCGCCCCUCAGAUAGAAAACACGUUUAUCCCUCUUCCUACUCUCCCCUCAGAUAGAAAACACGUUUAUCCCUCUUCCUACUCGCCCUCAGAUAGAAAACACGUUUAUCCCUCUUCCUACUCGCUCCUCAGAUAGAAAACACGUUUAUCCCUCUUCCUACUCGCCCCUCCUCCUCAGAUAGAAAACACGUUUAUCCCUCUUCCUACUCGCCCCUCCUCCUCAGAUAGAAAACACGUUUAUCCCUCUUCCUACUCGCCCCUCCUCCUCAGAUAGAAAACACGUUUAUCCCUCUUCCUACUCGCCCCUCCUCCUCAGAUAGAAAACACGUUUAUCCCUCUUCCUACUCGCCCCUCCUCCUCAGAUAGAAAACACGUUUAUCCCUCUUCCUACUCGCCCCUCCUCCUCAGAUAGAAAACACGUUUAUCCCUCUUCCUACUCGCCCCUCAGAUAGAAAACACGUUUAUCCCUCUUCCUACUCGCCCCUCAGAUAGAAAACACGUUUAUCCCUCUUCCUACUGGCCCCUCAGAUAGAAAACACGUUUAUCCCUCUUCCUACUGGCCCCUCAGAUAGAAAACACGUUUAUCCCUCUUCCUACUCGCCCCUCAGAUAGAAAACACGUUUAUCCCUCUUCCUACUCGCCCCUCCUCCCCCUCAGAUAGAAAACACGUUUAUCCCUCUUCCUACUCGCCCCUCAGAUAGAAAACACGUUUAUCCCUCUUCCUACUCGCCCCUCCUCCCCCUCAGAUAGAAAACACGUUUAACAGUAACAUAUGCAACUAAAUGGAUGACUGUGUAGAUGGAACUCCGCUUCCUAACCAGGUUUAUUCAUUAGAUAUUUUACAUAAAUGUGUAAUUGGUUCAUUUAUAUUAUAUAUUGAUUACCUGUUGACAGUCUUGUAAAAAUCACUUGUCUGUUCAACAUGAUGAUGCAUUUGUCUAUAGAAGAUGAUUCGCCAGGUUUAAUAUUUAAAAUCAGUACUAAAUUUUUGCUUUUGACCCCAUAGUCUAGUUUAAGUGAGAUGUUAACCUUAACCCAUUCUUGAUUACGUUUCAUAUUUUUUUUUGGGGGGGGGGUUUAUUAAUUGCAUUUUGUCAAAUAAUAUGGAGCACGUUUGAGUUCCCGCCAACAUUUUCCCCAAGUACAUGCGGUUUUACUGAGCAAUAUCUUCCGUGGGAAUACUGUUGUCUGUUUGAACGCUACAUGGAUAACUGUGAUUCCAUUGUGACAUCUUAACGUUCUUGCUUGGUGAGAGGGGCAUUUGAAGGAUUUGUUGAAGUGAUUUCUUCCCAGAGGACUUCUGAACAGAACUAGCUGGGUUCUGUUUGCUAAUGUACAGACAGAACUUUACCAGGCUGGCCGAAAGUGGUCCUUGGUUCUAAAACCUUUUGAGGAAGUGUUCUGGACAGGAAAGCCCCCUUCAGCAUUACAGCCCUUGGCUUUCACUCUGAUCAUGCUGUAUAGCUUCUCUGCUGGGUUAGAGAUACAACUAACAUCAGCCUUGAGACUUGGAACAUUUUGUUUCGAUAAACAUUUCAGCCACAAGUGUGUUUACAAGGCUUUGUUCUCUGUCGCCACACCACAUAGCAGUCCACCAAUAGACUUGUCUUCAUAUUUAUGUGGAUCUAGCUUCUCAUGCCUCUCUUACUGUAUGGUGGUCUAACAUAAUGUCUAAAUAAGGUGACCAGAGCUGGACCCAUAUCUGGUUGUGCUCUUUCCAUCUCCAUUGCUCAUUGUCAAUCCCAAGCUGUUUGCCAUGACAAUGAGUGACAAGGAAGUGGGCAUGAUAGUGCAAACAGACUGGCACUCAAGCUAGACCAGACCUGACUCUUAACUGUCCCCCUUGUUGGACAAGUAAAGUACUGGAAAUGACUUUCUAAGGCACUAAUGGACCGUGUCCUAUUUUUGACUGUAAAUUGUGCUUGUUAAAGUAAUGCAAGUGAUUAAUUUAAUACAUCUUUUGGACUGAAA